GGACAAUCGCCUUUCAUGCUCGCGACGUAACAUUUUCCCCCCGGCCGAUGCUCGCGUGUGGGGUUUUGUUCUAUUUCAUUAAUAUAGGCUAGGUCAGAAUCACUCAGAAUCAGCUGCAUUGAAAUCGAGUCUAGGGUUCAUCAACGCUUUUGCACUUAACCGUUUUGGGGUCGACUCAUCUUUUAUGCCUGAUCUAUUCGGAUUCAGAGUGGGUGUUGUCACAGCACAAUAUGAUCGAGAGACCCGACUCAGCUAUUUCCAGCGUUGCACAGAGGAAUCUGGAGGGUUAUGUUGGAUUCGCCAACCUUCCCAACCAGGUGUAUAGGAAGUCCGUGAAGAGGGGGUUCGAGUUUACGCUCAUGGUUGUCGGUGAGUCUGGACUGGGCAAAUCCACGCUUAUCAAUUCCCUAUUUCUGACUGACCUGUACUCCAAAGACUAUCCCGGCCCAUCUCAGAGGAUUAAGAAGACUGUUCAGGUGGAACAGUCCAAAGUACUGAUAAAGGAGGGAGGUGUUCAGCUCACGCUCACCAUCGUAGACACACCAGGCUUUGGAGAUGCAGUGGAUAACAGCAACUGUUGGCAGCCCGUCAUCAACUACAUCGACAGUAAGUUUGAAGAUUUCCUGAAUGCAGAAUCCCGUGUAAACAGGAGGCAAAUGCCAGACAACAGAGUUCACUGCUGCUUGUACUUCAUUGCCCCCUCUGGCCAUGGACUGAAGCCUCUGGAUAUCGAGUUCAUGAAGCGUCUACACGACAAAGUCAACGUCAUCCCCCUCAUCGCCAAAGCAGACACGCUCACACCGGAGGAGUGCCAACUUUUCAAGAAACAGAUUAUGAAGGAGAUCCAGGAGCACAAAAUCAAGAUCUACGAGUUUCCAGACACAGAAGACGAUGAGGACAGCAAACUUAUUCGCAAAAUAAAGGAGAAGAUGCCUCUGGCUGUGGUCGGUAGCAACGUGGUGAUCGAAGUUAACGGAAGGAAGGUCAGAGGGCGCCAAUACCCCUGGGGUGUGGCAGAAGUGGAGAAUGGUGAGCACUGUGACUUCACAGUCUUAAGGAAUAUGCUCAUCAGGACUCACAUGCAGGAUCUGAAGGACGUGACUAAUAAUGUUCACUAUGAAAACUACCGCAGCAAGAAACUUGCAGCCGUCACCUGCAACGGGGUCGAUGCCACCAAGAACAAGGGCCAGCUGACAAAGAGUCCACUGGCUCAGAUGGAGGAGGAGAGGAGGGAGCACGUGAUGAAGAUGAAGAAGAUGGAGACUGAGAUGGAGCAGGUCUUUGAAAUGAAGGUCAAAGAGAAGAAGCAAAAACUGAAGGACUCUGAGGCAGAGUUGGAGCGACGUCAUGAACAGAUGAAGAAGAAUCUAGAAGCCCAGUAUAAAGAGCUAGAUGAGAAGAGACACCAGCUUGAAGAGGAAAAAGCCAACUGGGAGACCCAUCAACGCAUCCUGGAGCAGCAGAAACUGGAUGCAUCAAAGACAAUGGAAAAGAACAAGAAAAAAGGAAAAAUCUUUUAAGAAGCCAAGACACUCUGUUCCUUUUAUUAAUACCAGAAACUCCUUUUUGCAUCGGAGAUGCUCACAUGUUCUAUGACCUCGUGAGAAACAAAUGCACACACAUUAUGGCACACAUUUACUGCGCUUUAAACAUUCCAUUGCAACAUUCCAAACACAUAAAGCAUGUGUAAUGUAUAACUCUUUGUACACAUUUAGUUUCCACAGCCUCUUUUCAUAAACUUUGGUUUGUCGAAGACCACACAAAACUGUAGUGCCCUCCUCUGGUUUGACUGUAGUAUCGACUGUAGUGUGAAUACAGAGCCCAAGUCCUUAAGCUUCUGAUUACGAGGAGGGUAUUUACAAAGUUUCCUUUGAAGCUCUAGGUGGGGUUAAUUCCAAGAAAGUCUAACAGAUCUAGUUUUUUGUUCUGAGGUUUGCAGCACACGUACAUUUUCAACUCUGUUGACCACAUUCGCACACACACCUCAGUUUUUAAGAGGGCCACGCGUAAGAAGAUAAAUGUGAGAGAAUGACUAAUGGAUGCAAGUCAAAAGAGAGACAUGCUGAGUUGAAUGAAUGGAUGAUUUAUGGUCUGUGAUACUGCAUGCUUGAGAAGGAUUCUAGAAGGUUCUGAGGGUGUCUGAAUGUGUGUGCUAUAAUGUUAUGUGUUGUGUGGGGGUCAUAGACAUUUGAAGAUCCGUUUUAACAUUAUUGCACAGCUAAAUUAUGUUCAUUGUUUUCUCAUGUUUUUAAACCCAUUUGCUGGCUGUGUACGUAGAUAAUUGUGUCCCUACUAUAGGUGGUGUUAUACAGAAUGGCAUGGGUGUCA